GUAUGUAGAUCGCGUGUUUUGCCUUGUUAAAAGUUUUAGUUUGAUAUUUAAAUCAAUUUUACUCAAUAUAAAUUUUUUUAUUACGGUAAAGUCUAUUUUUUAUUAUAUUUGGUGAACGAUGUAUCCAGAUGUGGCACAGCUCCCAAGGGUAGCCACUCUCCAUCCCCCCUUUCCGAUCGUAAGCCCCAAAAAGAUGUCGACCGACGACGUUUGAUAUCUUGUUUCCCGCCCGAAAAUCGCCCCCUUCACAAUUGCGCUAAUGUUUAGUCGCAGGAGGAGACCUGGAUCGACACUUCCCCAAGGUAAUGCACAGGUUGUGAAGCAUCAGGAACACGCUCUUAUUAUUUUCGCUUGCGUUGGUGGAUCUUAUGGGUGGACAGACUUGUCAUCGAAAGUUUAUUUUCAGCGUUACUGAUGAAAGGUGAGCAAUCUGUGGAGAGAGUGCCACAUUAUCUCAGCAGCAAGUAUGGAGCAGCUUCAAAGUGCACACCUCGUGAGUACCACGGCUCCAGUAACUUCCGUGCCCUCCUCUUCGGGAAAUUCCUACUCAUACAGUGGUCUCGAGGAAUUCUUAGUGCCAACUCCAGUGCAAGUGGAAGUCAGUAAUGGGGUGGCACGCCAGUCGAGUCAACCUCUACAUUCUGUACGUUUCACUUAUGUGCCUCAGGUCCAGCCAGUGCAGCUCACUGCACCAAGCACCACAGCUCCAGUUCGCUCAACCCAGAGCCCUACUCCAGCACCGUCAUCCCAAGCCGGCGCAGAAAUGGAGCAGCAGCAGCAGCAGCAGCAGCCUCAGAGACAACCCAAGACGUCUCCCAAGCCCCGCGUUCGUAACAGCGGAGGCGAACGCGUGGUGUGCGAAGUGUGCAACAAGUCUUUAGCGUGUGGUGCCAAUCUCAACGAACACAUGCGAAUUCACACGGGCGAGCGCCCCUUUCUCUGUGACGAGUGCGGUGCCUCUUUUGCAGCUAAAUCAAAUCUGAGGACUCACAAACGCCUCCAUACCGGCGAAAGGCCGUACAUGUGCGGCGUGUGUGGCAAGACGUUCUCGCAGAGCUCCCACCUUCCAAGCCACAUGCGCGUGCACACGGGAGAACGCCCCUACGAGUGCCCGGAGUGCCCAAAAUCCUUUUCUUCCAGCACAACUUUACGAAAUCACCUCCGGAUCCACAAGGGCGAUUUCCCCUUCAGGUGCGAAUCCUGUGGAAGAGGUUUCGUGUGCAAGUCCUGGUUACAGGACCAUUACAAGGUCCACACUGGGGAGAAGCCAUUUCAGUGUGACAUUUGCAGGAAGUGGUUCAAGGACAAGUCCUACAUAACAAAGCAUAAAAUGAAGUACUGUGGUAACGACGGCUAUAAGAAGCGGUGGAGGCGUCCGGGCGUUAAAAAGCCUCCAGGGAGAAAACCAAACACUGCCAAAAUGAAAAUGAGGAUGUUGCUGGAGGAAGAGAUCCUUCACCAGCCCAAGAGAGCGAGGGGGAGACCAAAAGGAUCCAAAAACAAAAAGGGAAAGAAGCGGAAAUCGGCGGCCACGAGCAAGAGUGGCCAGAAUGCCGUGACGGAUUCCGACACAGAGUUUGAGGUCAUGCUUCAAGAACAGGAAGUGGAGUCGCCAAAAGUAGAGAUUGAGGAAGCGGACCCACUGCGUGACGAUCAUCCCAAAAAGAAGGAAUAUCAGUCCCGCAAUCAGUUUGCAUCUGAAUCGGAUAGUUCGUUGCAGUCUGGAAGUCACCAUGGGAAGACACAUUUUGCCGUUGGUUUGCAGCCUGUUUCAGGAAUGCACCUCGUUGCAAUGCCCCAACCCUCGGUGCAGACACACAGCCAACAACAGAGUCAUCUAGAGCAAGAUGUUCAAAGUGUAACACAACCCCAAAAUUUAGUACAACCUCAGAACCUUACGCAGUCUCAGAGUAUAGCGCAGCCUCAAAACCUAACGCAGCAGUCUCAGAGUAUUAUGCAACCUCAAAAUCUGACACAGCCCCAAAGUCUCAUUCAGCCUCAGAAUCUGACGCAGUCUCAGGACUUGUUACAGCCUCAGAAUCUGACACAAUCUCACAGCAUCAUUCACUCUCAGAGUAUCGUACAGUCGGAGAACGUAAGAGAAUCACACGAUCUGAUGCAGUCGCAAGCUCUCCUGCAGCCCGAGAACCUCUCUCAGUCCCAAAGUGUCAAUCAGAGCUUGAGCCAACCCCAGAACCUCUCUCAAACCCCCAGUCAUUCUCAGCCUCACAACCUCUCUGUCGCACAAAACCUCUCGCAGCCACAGAAUCUGUCGCUGGCGACCAAGAUUGUCCAGUCGACAGACCUCCACCAAAUCCAGAAUUUCUCUCAGCCACAAAAUCUCAGUCAGCCUCAGAAUUUAUCCCAGCCUCAAAACCUUUCCCUGCCACACAACCUCUCCCAGGCAACGGCAUUAUCACAGCCUCAGAACUUGUCCCAGUCUCAUAGUUUGUCACAGGCGAUGAGUUUGAGCCAACCUCAGAAUUUAUCACAGCCGCAGAACUUGUCUCACGACGACGGCAUGUCUCGAGCGCAGAACUUGUCGGAGGUACAAAAUCUCUCGUUGUCACAUAGUUUAAGUCAGCCUCAUGCAUCUCUUCAUGCCAAUUCAACACCAAUUGGCUCCUCAUCACAUCAUAGUCAAUAUAAUAUUAUGGUUUUUUACAACUCCUGAAACGUUUGUUAGUUACCAAAGUUUUCCAGUUUUCAUUUUGUAAGAUCUAGCGACUCGGAAGUUAGGGUUGUCCGUCAUCUUGCCCGGGAGAGAGAAGAGAAGGGGAAGAGAGAAAGGGCAGGUGGUUAUUUCCACAGAAGUUGCCAUACUUUAUGCUUAAAACACUUCACCUGGAAAGGUUUUAACUACAUACUAUUCCCCUGUCUUAAACAGAUUUAAUUUCACAUUAAAUAAGUUAGACAACGUGUCUUUGGGUCUUCAUUAGACUGUUCUCUUGUGUGUGCAUUUGGACAUUAGUAGAGUCAAUUUCUUAUACUUAUCCCACAGCCUGCCUAAAUUCACAUUUGGUAAAUUUCCUUACCUGUUUUCAUUCACUUUGCAUCAGCAGGCGAUCGUCUCUUCCUUCCUCCUCCUCCUUGUCACCUGGCCAGUAAUGUCUGCCAAAACACCUGACACUUUCCCUACAGCAUAAACAUAGCCACUUUCCUCUCAAAAUCUAGGUUUUACUGACAUUUUUCACUUCACUUCCAUCUCAUGAACAUUUCCUACACGUUCCCUUCCUGUCUACUGUGAGCGCAGGUCAUCUGUUGCCUGUUUUUAUUAUUUAUAUUAACUCUUUUAAGUGAGCUGCUCUUGGGAGGUAGUGUUGACAUGGAAAGAGAGAUUGUAACAAUUACUAUUAUUCAGUAACUGAACCCUAUUCAUAUGGAACAAGCCCACCAUCACAGGAGCCAUUGACUCGAAAUUCAAGCUUCCAAAGAAUAUUAUGGUGUUCAUUUUCACCAGAAAAAUGAAACCACUACAGAGGAUGAGACCUCUGCCUACCUGCGAGGUAAAAUUAUCAUCAGGUCGAAGUGCUGUUUAGAUAUACUUACUACCUUAUCCACCUGAAUCUGCUCAAGUUGGACGACAGUCAGUCUAAGUUUUAUUUCCCGUUAUUGACACUUCCCUCUACUGGAAUUUCCACUCGAUGUAUUUUUUCUAUGCAAAGGUAUUUUUCAAAAUUCUUGAAUCAGAUUUAAGUUUAGCAUUGACUCAGACUCGCCUAUUUUUUAUUCGCCUCCAAAUUACUUUGUUUGAAUUUCUGGAUUGUAAAUUUGUGGACUUGUGUAAUCAUCGUCUCUUGAAUAUCAAGAGUGGAUGCCAUAAUAUAGGCAAUGACUGGUUUCAGGACAGUGCAGUUUGUAAUUUGUAGCAUUCCCAUAACUUAACCAAUUGACAAGCGAAGCAUUCUAGAGCAGUUGACUAAACCGAAGGCAGCGUAAAGUAGGUAUGCCCUAUCAUAUUUUAACAUCCAUCCACCAUACUUGCCCAUAUUUAACAUAAAAUUGAAGCAGUAUGUAUAUAUGUUUAUUCAUGUGAUCUCAUGUAGGCACCUACAUUCCCUGGGUCAGUUUUGUGCGUCUGUGACGUAAAAAGUGGCAGAGUUUGGUGACAGUCUGCAAGUUGGUGGGUCAUAUUCUCCACCAUAAUGACUCACAUUGUUCAGCAGUGUUCUGUUAACCAGCAUCCCAUGGGGAGGAGACGAGAGAGGCUGCUCCUGGGUUGGACGACGGCAAGUCUGAACGUGGAAAUCAUUACCUAUAAACUAGUUGUUACAUACAAAAAAUAGAUAUAUGAAUACAC